UUACCAUGGCGACGGCGUUCUGGAAACUUGCUCUGCCGAGUUAACUUAGCCUGCUCUUCAGGAAUUUAACGACAAAUACGGUUGUUUAUUUUGAGCCAUGUAACGUUACGAGUUUAUUUAAUUGACUUAACGCCUCUGUUUGUUUCGGACUCUAAAUAUUGAGAGCUCAGUAGACCGCAUUAGCAGGAAGUGGCGAACAGGUGUAACGUAAACAGUUAGCCUGAUUAAGAGACAGGAUGUUCAGGCAAACUGCCUGGAGGAACACAGUCAGCGAUGCAGUGACUUUCCACCAAGACCAAGCCCUCAACACAACUAUAUUUCUCCUGAAGUCCUUCGGCCCAACAGGAUUUCUGCUCAGAGAGGAGGAGGAGGCCAGAAACUUUAAGGUGUGCUUGGGUGACCCACAUACGUGCACUUGCCCUGUGUUCACCAAGGAGCUGGAGCCAUGCAAACACAUCUGCUGGGUUUUACUGCGGAAAUUCAGACUUCCCAGAGAACAUGAAUAUUCAUUUCAGCAUGGACUUGUGGAGAGACAGAUCUUGGAGGUGCUCCACGGUUUGCACCACACCAAAGCCCACCGGACGGAAAAUGAUCCGUCUGCUGCUUCUAGGACCCCGAGCCAACCAGUCAUGGGCCAGGAGGCUGGAAGUGUCUGCCGGAAAGUGAUCCAAGCCCAGGAUGUGUGUCCUAUCUGUCAAGAAGAGCUGCUGGAGAAAAAACUGCCUGUGUCUUACUGCAGGUUCGGCUGUGGCAAUAAUGUCCACAUCUCUUGCAUGAAAGUGUGGGCAGAUCACCAGAGACUCUCAGACAGGGAGGAAACAGUGAAGUGCCCUCUGUGCAGGGAGGACUUCAGCUCUUUGAAGUUACUCCAGGAGCAGGUGAAAAAUGCAGCAAAGCUCUUCACCACGGCUGAAAGAGAGCGGACAGACAGACACCUGGGAGUUUUCUGUCACAGCUGCCGGAUCUUCCAUGUCACUGGCAGAUGUUUCAAAUGCACAGUCUGCAGUUACUUCUAUCUAUGUGAGGACUGCUCAAAGAAGGGCUGCCACACACAGCAUCCACUUGCUUCACGAACAAAAAGGAGAGACAAGUGGUACCUUGUGACAGAGAACCUGAGUGAUGAACCAAAGGGAGCGACCUCUCAGCCAGCAAGUGACAGCACCAUACCUGUAGCUGCAGACCCUCUACCAGAAAAUAUAUUAGCGUGUGUACCUGUGGUCAGGGUGAGACUGGGGUCUCGUCUCUUGGAUGAGGGACAGCAGUGUCGAAUCUGUCUGCAGGAUUUUGUCCUGGGCCAGCGUGUCCGAACUCUGCCCUGCCAUCACAAGUUCCACACAGACUGUGUGGACGGGAUCCUGCAGAAGUCCAACUCCUGCCCCUUGGAUGGAUAUGUCAUUUAUAACCCCUUGACAAGAAGAACCAGUGAAAGGAAGACCUCCCCUAAGUCGGCUUCCUGCCUUCUCAGUGACUUCGCCAAACGACCAGAAAUGAACUUUAAGGACCUGUUUAUUCCAGGAGUGGCACUGCGGGACAGGAACACUAAAGUCACUCCCUCACACGGUUCUCUUAACUUAGAGGUGCUGACAGGCUCUUCAGUAACUUCAAACACCCAGCAAAAGUUAAUAACGGGCAGGUUUCAAGGCUUGUGCAUAGGUACAGCAGACACUGUGACGAAGGAAGGAAAAAGAGAGUUGCAGAGAAAACAAACUUCUCAUAUUCCCAAAGGCAGCUCCUCAUUUGAUCACCGAAGUAAAUCUGACUCAGGUGCACAUUCCUCAAAAAAUACAGCAAGAAAACACAGCCCUGCUUCACCUAACAGGUGUUCUGCAGUGGCAAAAAUCAGAGAGCAACCUCAACUGGAUCUUUUCGUAGGUUUAUUUAGACCAGAGCCCGAGCACACAGCUACAUUGGCCUCUCCUGCCAGGCGGACUAGACUGCAACCCAAAAGGACAGGCAUGACAAUCAUUAAAGAAACAAACAACAGACUCACUUCAGAGCUAAGAAUGACUGGAGUCUUAAUAAACACACAGCAUCAGAGAGAGACAGAGACUUAAAGGUACUACAGUUAGUUUUUAACUGCCUACCACCAGGUCGGAUUCGGUCAGAUUCCCCUUGAAAUCAAUAAAGCGAGACUGUGGAAACACUACAGCUUUUGUUCACUGACAACUAUAAAGUACCUUCUUUUACUUAAUGUUUGAUCGAAGGUGGGUUGAAUGUUUAAUGUUUCAGUUGUCUCUGUGCCCUCAUUUAUCUUUCACUGUUCUUCAAAUCAAUCUGAAAUCUAUGUGAAAUUAUGCUUUUCUGUCAUAUUUCUAAAAUCAAAGUUCUGUAUUCAUCAAAUACACACUUUUCGAAAAAAAGAAU